AUGGGGAAUUUAUCCGAAGAGGGAAACGCUACUUCUUCUGCGACAUUUAAUAUAACGACAGUGACUAUUAUUUUUGGCUCUUUUAACAUUCUUCUUUCCAUCACGGCAUUUCUGGGGAACGCUCUGAUCCUGAUUGCUCUCCGUAACGUAAGUUCUCUUUAUCCACCGACGAAACUGUUCUUUCAAUGCCUGGCAAUGACUGAUUUUGGCGUUGGUCUUACUUUGCAGCCAUUCUAUGCCAUCCAAGUCUUAUACUCUGCGAUAAACGUCAACUGGGAUAUCUUUCUUUUUUUCCGGUAUAAGUUGGGCUUUGUCAAUUUGUCUUUGUCGAGUUUCCCUGUUCACAAAGACUGCUCUAAGUGUGGACAGACUUCUCGCCCUUUUAUUGAGGCUAAGGUAAAAGCACGUCGUAACACUAAAGCGAGUUCGUGUAGUUAUUUUCUGCUUUUGUUUAAUUUCUGUUUUGUGCAGAUUCAUGUUCUUGUUCUGGGAUAG